AUGGAGCAAUCAGCGGCUUAUUCAAUUAUGGAUGGAAGUUUGGUGAAAACAGAUCAAGUUAAAACAGUUAUCAAUAUAUUUAUGCUUGUUAUCGUUUUUCUAAUAUUAUUGUUUCUUAUUAUCCAUGUAAGCAUAUUUAACUGUAAAACUGUAAAACUGUAAAAAUUUGAAAAUUUCCAGUUUUUCAUUCGUCUUCAUUACAAAAGUCAAACAGAAUAUGCUGUUGCUGAACUUCGCGCAAAAUUCGACAAAGAUUAUAAAGAUACAACAGGAGCUUCACCAUUUGCUAAAAAAGAGGGAAAAAAUAAGGAUCCGGUAAAAGCACCAACAGGACAAGUUCAAGGACCUGUUAUUCCAACUGGAACAAAUCAAAAAUUCCCAAUUCAAAUGACUCCUGAUCAAGCUGCUCCUAUUUUACAUCAUAUGGCACUUGGAAAACCUCCAAAAUCAGCUGAAAAUGCAAAUUAUGCCGUUUAUUAUACUCAAGCUAUUCCGUAA